AUGCAAUCGACAGAGUCCUUUGACAGCCACGCGAGCGGCAGCCCCAUGGCAUACGCAGUCGACGGUCAUCAGAUGUUCUACCCCCACGACAUGACUGCUUACAACUCGUCCUUCAAUGCACCUCAAGAGAUCUUCUAUGCAAACCCCCAGUUCAUCUCGCCCAACGCCUCCUUCUCAACGCAGCCUGAUUGCGGUAUCAUGGAUGACUACCAUCAGGUCCGACAUGACAGCUCGAAUGAGUUUGCUCCCACAGCCAUGGUACCCCCGGUUCCGUCGUUGAUGAGCUCGAUGAGCUCCCUCGAGAGCUCUCCCAUGCAAUCAACAUCAUCACAACAAUCAACCACGGCAAAUGUAGGCGUUCCAUCAAGCCAAAGCCUUCAAAGCCAUGUAGCACUGCGCAUGUACACUGGAUCACCCACUCGCCCCCAGCACAGAGUUGGCAAGUUUUCUACAUAUCAAUCAAGCCGCCCGACAAGAAACAAGAGGACUGGUGUGGCUUGUGAUCCAUGCCGAGCGAAGAAGCAAAAGUGUGACGGCGCCAAAAGAUGCCAUCAGUGCGCGACCAAUAACAUCGAAUGCAAAUACCGCGAGGUCGAACCGAAAUCAAGUGGCAACGUUCUAGAACAACUCGCCAGACUGGCCGCAAACUCUGCGGAGACCAUUCAGGACCUUCACCAGAAGCUCGACGAUGUCACAUCACGGCUACGACAAUUAGAAGGUCAACUGGAGAAGAUGCAACAUCGCUGUGGACGUUGCAACACCCUACAUGCCGAUUCACCCGACUCGAAAAAUGUGAUAUCACCACGAUUGUGA